AAACGAAAAAUUUAGCCGAAUUUUCAGCGAAAGAGUUUAUAAACAACUCGGAGCACUGUCAUGAUGAACAAUAAUCACUACAUUUUCAUGUGCUGAGAAAUCAUAUGAAAUCUCCUUAAUCGGUAAACGUCGAUAGUUUACCAAGUUGUCAGCAUGUUUAUUAACAGCAAGCCGAAAUGUCUAAAACUGCGAGUUUUUGAUCCGAUGACAUUAGGAGCGCAUUGUUAAUCAAACGGAAAUAAAACAAAACGAUUGCUUGGACGAAAAACAAACGACUCGUAUGUUAUUAUUACAACGAUAAUAUUGUGCCGACAAAAACCGAGAGGUCCGAGGGGUUUCUAGAGAAGAAGCGCAUGUCUCGGCUUGCCUUUAUCGUCCUAUUAAAUCGGAUCGUGUGUUAGCCGACAUUGUUUUAUAUGACCGUCGAAUAUCUCCGGUGUCUCUAUUAUUCUAAUGUAAUUCGAGGAAACUGCACUUGGAAACAUCUCGGCGCACAUACAAAUCAGGCCAAUAUCCUGAAACUACUCGACGAAUAAACUAAUAAAUAAUACUAUGGCAGUACAAUCGCAAAGAGUCGUGUUAUCUUGUGAGCUAUAAAAACAAAUUCUUCUAUCGCCCGAGAACGAAUUCAUAAGCAGAGUCUUAGGAGUCAUAUCUCAACAUAGACAUUAAAAGUGUCCAGAAAUUUUUAAUGUGAACAGAAGUGCCGCCAAUGCUCUCCCAGCGGGAUUAGUGUCGUCACCGGGUUAUUUAUUUUAUUAACUACCAAAGAAUAUAAAUGUGUGACGGAGACGACUAAAGGUUGGACGGGGACCGACAAAGAGAACACACAGGACAGCCGUAUUUCGAAAAUACACCAAUGUGCAGCAGGAAAUGCUUGUGCGAGUGGACAUCACAGCAUUCACCUGUCACCGACAUACACCAUUUCUCUCCUGGAACGUAAUAUUACUCGUUAUAUCAGGCAUUUUCUUAGCCGUGAGAGUUGGCGCAGAAGAUAAAGUAAGUCCACUGACUUAUCGAAUAAUUCCUGACAGUCACGGAGGACAAUUUAGUGUGAUCCAGGAUUCCAACUAUGUAGAAUCACACAACAUAGAGCGAAAGUUUUUAAAAAAGUACAUGUUAUCACCCGAUGUCACCUGUAACGAUGGUUCUCCUGCCGGGUUUUAUAUGCGUCAUUCAAAUUACAGUAAAACAUGGAUAGUCUUUCUUGAAGAGGGAUGGUGCUGUUAUGACAAACAAAGUUGCGAUGAACGGUGGUCUAGGGCUGAAUAUCUCAUGUCGUCUAAAGAAUGGCCCGAGACACGAAUAAUUGGUGGAAUAUUGUCCAAUAAUGCAGUUGAAAAUCCAUAUUGGUGGCAAGCAAAUCAUGUAUUUGUACCUUAUUGUACGAGUGAUAUAUGGACGGGUCGAAGAGCCAAACCUCAGCAUGGAUCAAAAUUCAAUUUCAUGGGGUCUAUAGUAAUAAAGCAGGUUAUAAGAGAACUGUUGACAAUGGGGUUAGCUAAUGCCGACUCUUUAAUAUUAUCUGGGAGCAGUGCUGGAGGCGUUGGAGUCAUGUUAAACUUAGACCCCAUUCAGAAGAUGUUGCGCCGUUAUAGCAGUAUGUCUGUGCAUGGUAUUACAGAUUCUGGUUGGUUUGUAGACCAUCGACCUUUCCACUUAGAUAGUGAUGAAUCAACGUCAGCUUCUCCAAUAGAAGCAGUAAAAUUAGGAAUACCUUACUGGCAUAGCCAAAUACCAUCUAGAUGUCGGAAUUUUUACGCAAACGAACCUUCCAAAUGUUUUAUUGGCUAUAAGAUUUAUCCUACUCUAUCAGCACCACUGUUUGUUUUCCAAUGGCUAUACGAUAACUUUCAAUUGAAAAACGACAUAGGUACUCCGGUUACAAAACAACAAUGGGAUUAUAUUCAUAAGGUGGGUGAAUGCCUAAGAAAAUCUUUAAUGAAUGUCACAGCCGUAUUCGCUCCAUCAUGUGUAUCACACACGGUGCUAACUAAUAGAGAUUGGAAAAAUAUCAAAAUCGAUUCAAUAUCUUUACCUUUGGCACUGCACUGCUGGCAUACAGAAACUAAACUCGCAAAAACUAGCCAAAAUCCUAAGUCCAGAAAAAUUGAUAAUAGUAACAAAAAAAUAGCUAAAGUUGAAAAAAAUUCGGGCCAAGAAUUGAAAAAAACCCAAAAAAUACGACGAAAAAAUAACAAUCAACGUACUAGAGUUACCAAUGAAGAAGAGAGAAUGUAUAGAAAACGUCGUCGUCAUCAUAAAAAUAGAGCCGGUUGUCGGCAUCAACAUAUUGAAAGAUGUACUUGGCCACAAUGUAACAAUUCAUGUCCAAAACUUCAAAACCCAGCAACAGGCGAGGAAGUUGACUUUAUAGAGCUCUUACAAUCUUUCGGAGUAGAUAUACCAAAGUUGUCAUCUGAGCUAGGCAUUGACAUGGAGUCAUUGAUACACAUGGAUCAAGAAGAAUUGCUUAAUUUACUCACUCAACAGUCAAAUUAAAGAUUAACCUUAAAUUCAUCCAAGCUAAUAUUAGAGAUAUAGACAUAUAAUAAGCUGUAACAUUGUUCAUAGAUAUGUGUUUCAACAUUAGCUGGAUAAACAAAAAUUUACCAAAAAUAGUUUGUGUAUAAUUUUAAAUAAGUGGAUGAAUUUCCAGUCAUUUUUUUAUGUAAAUAAAUUAAGUUUUGUAUAUAUCAAUUGUAGAAUUUUAUAUUAUAUAAGUUAAAAUGUUAUAUUGCUAAUGUAAUAAUUUUUAAUAUUUUGUUACUUAUAAGUACAAUCCAUAAUAGGGCCAAAAUGUAAAACUACAUAUAUAUAUAUCAAAUAAAUCACUGUAUACCAAACAAGCUGUUCCUUAAAACUAGUUUAUAACUUAAUUUAUUGUUUUAAUAAAAUAGUAUAUAAUUCUAAAUUAUGUCAUUUUGAAUAAAAAUUUAAGUUUAAAUUAA